UUGGUGGUGGUGUAGAUUCUCUUCAAAAAAUAUCUUCAUACUUUUUUUGUGCAGUGUCGUCUUCAUUGAGGAAGGCCCAGCCAUGGCUACUGAUGGUGAGAUCUCCCACCGCUUCGUGGAGACGAAUGGAAUCAAGAUGCACAUCGCCGAGGCGGGAUCGCCAGGAAAUCCUGUUGUGCUGCUGCUGCACGGCUUCCCGGAGCUGUGGUAUUCGUGGCGGCACCAAAUGCCGGCUCUGGCCGCUGCUGGUUACCGUGUUGUGGCUCCUGACCUUCGAGGCUUUGGCCAGACUGACGCACCCCACGGCAUGGAGAAGUAUACGAGCCUCCAUAUUGUGGGUGAUCUUGUGGGACUGCUCGACGCCUUGGGCGAGGAAAAGGUCUUUGUCGCUGGACAUGACUGGGGGGCGAUCAUUGCCUGGGACGUGUGCCUGUUUCGACCGGAUCGAGUCAAGGCACUGGUUGCUCUGAGCGUUCCAUACUCGCCCAGGAAUCCCAAACACAGUUUCAGCCAAUCUCUCAAGCGCGUACUGGGAGAAGGAUACUAUUUUUCACGCUUCCAGGAACCAGGAAGGCCAGAGGCUGAUUUUGCUCGCUUUGACGCCAAGACAGUGGUGAAGAAAAUGCUCUUGAAUAGCAAAGGGGAGGUCUUGGUUGCUCCUAAAGACAAGGAAGUCAUGGACAUACUCGAGGAACCCACUGAGCUGCCUCCAUGGAUUAGCGAGGAAGAACUUGACUAUUAUGCCCAAGAGUUUUCUCGCACGGGAUUUACCACUGGCCUCAAUUACUAUCGAGCAGCAAACUUAUCAUGGGAGCUCAAAGCUCCUUGGACAAUGGUGAAGAUCAGCGUGCCAGCCUUGUUCGUGACCGGGGACCGUGACCUGGUUUACUGCACGCCUGGGAUCCGGGAUUACGUCGACAAAGGUAGAUUGAAGGCCGACGUUCCCAAUCUCAAGGAGACGAUUGUGUUGUCGUCUGGCCACUUCAUGCAGCAAGAGAGCGCUGGAGAGGUGAAUAGCAUUCUCGUCAGCUUCUUUGGAGAAAUCAUAUAACCGAAGCUUUUUUGUGCAUUAAGUUUCCAUGAAUAUAUGUUAUUUUAGAACUCCAAAA